UGCUGUUUGCAGGAAGUAUGCGUGACGUGUUUUCAGUCAAGUUUCUGUCGUCACCUGGAGACGAACGGACCGUUGCUAUGGAAACCCUGCAGCAACAACCAGCACGCGCCAACGAGCUGAACAUAAUGGAGCGAAUCCCAAAGACCAAACAUCCCGAGAAGCCCAUUGUGCACUACGGUGUACCAGAAUGGUGCAACAACAACCAGCAACUAUCUUCCACUGCUGAAAUUGAGCGCUAUGCCUCCAAUGUCAUCCGCCAAGAGAGCAGGUCACUCCGCAAUGUCACGACCUGUACGACAAACUGGGACGAAAGUGACACGUCCCGCAUGUUGAGGGACCGGGUCUGCGAGGUUGCAACAUGCAAGGAUCAGCUCAUAACCUGCGCAAAGAAAGUAGAUGAGGAGAUUCAAGCACUGACACUGUCUAAAAUCCGGACCGAGGAGACUUUGGCCGCCACGACUGUUCCCCUCGAGGUCAGCAUGGAGAGCCUGACCUUAAGGGAGGGACGGGAAGGAUUUGAGUUGGUCAACGACCCCGUGGAAAUGGAGUUAAAAAAAGAAGUGCAUGUUAUCGAAAAGGUGCAGCAAGCCCUACAGCAGCUUAUUGACCAAGCGUUUGAAGAACUCUGUAUUUUGCAGAAAAUUCGACAGCAGCUCACUGGUGACCUCCAGAACAAGGUGGAAACGCUGGAGAUUGAUAAUACCUGUCUGGAACUUACAAUAACGUCAUCCCAGAUCUCCCUCAAGCCAGAUCCUACUCGAAUACCUGCUGGUUCGUGCACGCCACAUGAGUGGAUUCAGUUCACCCGCUUGAACUUGGCCCGGGCCCAUGAAGCCAUUCAGAUGUCCGAGCAGCUGAGGGAGAACAUGAGUCUCACCAGAGUCAAAGUGCAAAACGACUUGAAGCUUCAGCAGAGAGCCACGGAGUUCGCUCUGCGUAAACGCAACCAUCAAGAGCAACAAGCUUGUCGCGAGCUUGAGUGGCAACUGAAAAACACUGAAAACGAGAUCGCCGACAUGGAGAGCGACAUAUUCAAAUUGGAUGCCGACCUGAAGGCAAAAACGGCUCCGCUGAAGCUGGCUCACACCAGACUUGAGAACAGAACCUGCCGACCCGGCAUGGACCUCUGCAGAGACGAGGCUCAACGUUGCCUUGUUGAUGAAGUCUAUAAGAUAGAAGCUACCAUUGCUAUUCUGAAGGAAAAGCUAGCUGAAGCUCAGCACUCGUUACAGAGACUGAAGCUUCAUCACAACAAAAUGAUGCAAGAUCACGCCAGGAAACGGGCUUCUUUGUGUCUGGAGGAACGUUGCAUCAACAUCCGAAACCGACUCAUCCCGAUAUUAUACGGCGACAACGCUCCGGUACCGCUACUUUUACUAACUAGCUCCAGCGGGAGGAGCGACAGGCAUCUUGAAGCCUGAAUUAUUAUUUUUUUGCUUGAAUUCUACUCAUCUAUAAAUAGUUCAUUUCUAUAUCAUAUAGGACCAAUUUAUUUGAGAUGACUUGAAGUUCAGGAGAUUUUUCUGGUAUGUGUGCAUACAAGGCUCACGUCUGCGUUAAGGUGGUUCCUUUUAUGGCUUUGUUUGGUUUAGUCGUAAUGUUUGACCAUCUGACGCUGUUUACGGCAUGAAGAUGUGACUCCCACGGAUAUACUUAUGUAUGCAGGAAGAGGAAAAGACAUUGUAAUUGAAGAUCACGCUGAGCAUUAUUCUCUUUAAAAGCAGAAAUGAAGAAA